AUGAGUUAUAUCCUUACCAGUCGUCCCGAAGCUCUCCACUACAACAAGCACAAGCUACCAUCGAAUCCGGUCGAUGUUCGUAUUGAGAUGUGGGUCCAGGAGGUGACCUCCGUGUCUGAGCUCACGCAAGACUUUGAGAUAGAUCUCUAUAUGAAUGAGUACUGGACUGAUCCUGGCCUUGCCUACGACAUAUUGAAUCCAUGCCAAGGGAAUCUCUCGUUCGACUGGACUGUUCUGCAGAAUAUCUGGACACCAAAUACGUGCUUUGUGAAUUCGAAAAAAGCUCAAAUACACAGCUCACCCUUUAGGAAUGUUUUCCUCAUGGUUUUUCCAAAUGGGUCAAUAUGGUCUAAUUGGAGGAUAAAGAGUACGGGUCCUUGCAAAAUGGAUUUGUCAAAAUUUCCCAUGGAUAUGGUAGAGUGCAUUCUAACUUUCGAGUCUUUCAACUAUAAUAAGGAAGAGGUACACAUGAGAUGGAGUGAAAUACCUCUAGUACAAUACAAAGAUAUUGAACUUCCAGAAUUUUCAAUGGUUAAUUUUAGUACAUCGGAUAAUAUGACGCUCUACGCCGCAGGAUACUGGGAUGAAUUGACCGUCAAAUUUGUAUUUCGCAGGCGUUACGGCUGGUAUCUCCUGCAAGGGUAUAUUCCUACGUAUAUGACAGUGUUCAUCUCUUGGAUACCGUUCUAUCUCGGUCCUAGAGCAAUGCCAGCUCGAACGAUGAUUGGAGUGAAUGCCCUACUGGCUAUGACUUUCCAAUUUGGUAAUAUUAUUCGCAAUCUACCAAGAGUUUCAUAUAUCAAAGCAAUCGAUGUCUGGAUGCUCAGCGGAAUUUCCUUUAUUUUUGCAUCACUCAUUGAGCUGGCAACAAUCGGUUUCAUAACGAGAAACGAAGGAAGACCUACGCUGUCUCCCACUCAAAAUACUGGCAGAAGAUGGAACAUGAGCAAAACGUCAGCAUGCAGUGAUGUGCCCAAAAAGUCUCGAACGAUUCAAUACUGUGAGAAAGUAGACUAUUGCGCUCGAAUAGCAUUUCCACUGGUAUACACGUGCUACAAUCUCUUGUACUGGUUGGUCUUCAUGAGAAAAGCUCUAGAAGGUGCGAAAAUGUGAAAAGAUCAUGAAUCAAAGCCACUGAUACCUCAUAUGUCUUUCCUCUAUUGAUAAGAUACUUUGAUGAAAGCUUUGCGCAUGUAAGAAAUACUUGAUGUAAAGUGCAUUCCUUUACUACGACAUGUUACCAUCCCACCACAUAACAUGAGAACUACGAUGGAGAAGAUUCUAUUCAUUUGUACCACAUAAAGAUCUGUACAUUCUUGAAACGCUCGACAUCUCUCUUUGUUAUGUUUCAUAUAACAGCUACUCUCUGAUUGAUUCCUUUCUUUUACGUGCCUUAAUUACUUCUCCACAUAUGAAUAAAAU